ACAGUCUAGAAAUAAACAAACAAAUAAUGCUGAUUAUCACUUAUUUUUCUCUCAUUCUCAUUUCUAGGGAGGAAUCAGAGACAAUUUUACAGCGGCAAGAACAAACAACAUUGUUUUGGUACUAUCAUCAUCAUAUCAACCAGAAGAAAAAUUAUUUUUUUUAAAUCAUGUUAUAUUGGUAGAGUACAUGAUAGCUUAAUGCUUCGAAAUGCUGGGAUCCCACCAAUUCCACCACAUACCCGUCUACUCGCCGACAAAGGGUUUGCUAAUGGUGGAAAUUUACUUACUCCUGUGCGGAGAAAUGAAAUCAGACAAAUUCCAGCAGCAUACAAAAACGUGUUCAACUAUCACCUGUCACAAAAAAGAAUAUACGUCGAGCAUUUAAUCAAAGAAAUAAAAAUCUUCAAGGCUGUAAACAGUGUUUACAGAGACCAUCAUUCACUUUGGGGUGCUGUUAGUUUAUGUGCUGCUUAUCUAGCAAAUAUUCGAUCUCACAUUUUUCUACUGUAAAUUGUGUUAUAAAUACAAGUACACUAUUUAACUUCUUGAAGAAUGCGUUGCGUUUAACUGCCAAAAACAGUAAAUUUACUUGCUACAGAUAUGAGUCAUAGAUGAAUGUGGUUGGUUGAACUACUCUCACAUACAACACGCAAGAGAAUGAAGAAUUUUUCGUUCUGUUUCGUUUUCUUUUUUUCGUUCUGUUUCGUUUUCUUUUUUUCGUUCUGUUUUCUUUGACGACGAGCGAGGAAUAUCUUUACUACACAGAACAAAGAACACGAUAUAUCAGAACACGCUCUAUAGACAUUUGCUCACAUUUGCCUAAACGUGAAAAGAUAGAAGUAUCCUUAUUUGAUACGGCUCUAUUAUUUAGUCAACUAAAGUCAUUGAUGAUAAAGAAAUGCGUUUCGUUAAAUGUUCCAUCGCGUUUAUUGUUUGAUAUUCAACUUUCAACAGCAGUUAGAGAUCUUAAAACGCCAUCGGCUAUUAUCAAUCGUUUUUCUCAAUAUCGAUACGAUGAAAUUUAAAAUCUUCUUACAGUUUAUGAAGACACAUCAAAACAUUACGCAAUGGAAUCGGAUUAUUUAUCAAAAUUUCUUGUUAUUGCGAAUGAGCGUAAUCUAUCUCAACAUGAUUCUAUUAAACAAUUCAAAAACGCUGAUUUUGGUUUAGAAUUAAAAGAUUUUAUUGCAUUUAUGAAUGCUGAUAUUGCUUUCAAUGAAGAAGAUAAAAAUCAACUGAAAUGUGUUUGGGAAAAAGAUAUUCUUCCGGAAUUGUCACAAAAAUGA